AUAAAAUGGCAAAUUUACAUGGUUAUGGUGAAUAUCAACCUGAUUAUUAAUAAAGAAGGCAACCAAGAACAUUGCACGACCUUUUUGGAGAGAGUAUAAAACGAUUUCCACUUAUUGGUUAUUUCUAUAUUGAGUAAAUUAGGAGCUUAAGUUAAAAAAACGAAUCCCAGAUAAUUGCAUUACUAUGAAAUGUUAUAAAACAAUUUUUUUCCUGGAUACAAAAUACAAUCUGCAACAACUUUAGUGAUAUUUGCUUAUACUUUACUAUUUACACUCUGUAUUUUUGGAGGAAUAGAAAAAUAAGGAUAAUUUCUAGAAAUUAAUGAUGCUACACUUUUAAAUUAUGGAGGUUUAGUUACUAAUCAAAUUAAGAAUGAGUUCAUGUUUUAACAAUUAUUUACAAGCAUAUUCUUAAGUAGAGAUUUUUAUCACUAUUUUUGUAUUAUUUUCUUUUUGCUGAUAUUAUUGUCCAGUUUUGAAUAUGCAUCAGGUCCAAUUAUUGCGAUUUCAUUAUAUAUAUCUAGUGGAGCAAUGGGGGCUUUAUUUGGAAGUUCUAUUAAUUGUUGUACAGAUGCAAUUUAUUUACAUGCAAAUACUGCAAUAUAUGGUUUAGUUGGUGCAUUCUUUGGAGUAUUAUUCUAUUUAUAAUUUUAGUGUGUUAUUUUAAAUUGGUCUUCACUUGAAGUUUAAAAUGAAUUCAGAACAUUUUUAUGUUGUUUUAUGUGGAUUCUAUUAACUUUUGGAUUAGUCAUCACUUUAUCUGCUAUAAACACAAAUCAUAAUGAUAAAUAUGCUUAAAUUGGAGGAUUUAUUACAGGUUUUUUCCUUUCAUUAGCUAUUGUUACACCAAUGAAUUCAGGUAGUUAUGAAGAUAAAGCAAAAAUUUUUGGUUGGACUUUUAUAGGAAUCUUUGCUGUUAUCACUACUUUGAUGAUUAUUGUGAUAUGAUAUUUUAAAAUUAUUUAUAUCAAAAUAGCCUAG